CCUUUUCUUCCUCUCCUCUCCCCCCACCCUCAAAAAAAUGGUGAGGCUCAGACAGCCAGCAUCUUGCGCUGUUCAGAAUCAUUGCAUCGCAGGCGUUGGCCAUGUUGGAAGCCGGCCCAGGAUCGCGAUGGGUUGCGCCUAUUCGAUGCUAGUCGCGGUGUUGAUGCUCGCCAUAGCUAACCCUGACUAUGUUGCCAGGAUAAUCGAGCACAAUCAAAGCGGAUUCCAGUGUACCGCUUCUAAAGCCACCAUCUUCCCAAGAUCCAAAAAUAUUGCUGAGUAUGCUCCAGCCGUCGUUGUCCUCACAACCCCGGCCUCUUCGACCUCCUCCUUUGAUAACCUUGCCUUUCGUACCUUCCCCGCUGUUUUUUACUUUGGUUACCUGUUGCGAAGCCUUUGUUUCUCGCUCUUGCUGUUGUCGGAUUCCUUUGGUAUCCAGGUCUUCAGAUGGAUUGGUAGUCUGUCGAUCACUCCCUGUCGACUUUUCUCGUCUGUAAUUUUGUAGCCUCGCUUCCUCUCGUUGCUUAAACUUGAAUGCGCUGUUGUUGUUGCUACUGCUGCUGCUGUUGUUGUUGUUUUCUGUCGAUUC